GAAGACAAGAAGGAAUGAAGUUAAGAAAUGGGAAUCGCAUGUGAAUGGUGGCCGGUGGGUGCAUCUACAAGUGCAUAUGUGGUAUAAUGUUAAUCGACACAUGCCUUGAUCCAGAAUUUACUCCGGUGUUCGCUCCAAGAAAUAAACAAAGUAGUUGUUUAUUUCGGCUGUGGUCUUAUAAAUAUGUUCUACCAUUAACACCAAAUUAUCCCGGCCAUUUAGACUGCAAGAAUCUUGAAACCCAUUCUUCUUUUUGUCACAUUUGAAACCCAUUUUUAAAUCUCUUCUCUCAGCCAAAAAUGAUUUCAGUGUUGGAGCUCUUCAGCAAUUCGGGCCACACAUUAAUAGAGAGUACUGUUACGGGAGGCGAUGCUGUAUGCCAUACGUGCAACAAAUCAGUUCUAAACUCUGAUGUAUAUUUAUCAGAAACAGUGCUAAAUGCCAUCAUACAAAAAAUUAGCCGAAGGCUCUGUUGCUUAUGUUUGCACCAGGCAUAAUAAAAUUCAAAGUUGUACUUGCACAAGACUUGUGCAGAAUCACCCAAUUGGUUUAUUUACAAAAUUACAUGAGCACCCAUUAUGUUUGAAAGAGAAUUUUAUAUUUGAAGAGGAUGCUGAUUGCUGCAUGCCAUACAUACAUAUAAGAUUGUUUUUGUAAACAAAAAUUAAUCAUAUAGCAUAAUCAAUCCAACUGAAGACAAGGAGGACAGUUGAUUAUGCAGUUCAGUUAAGAAAUGGGAUUAGCAUGUGGUAUAACGUUAAUCCACACAUGCCUUGAUCCAGAAUUUACUCCGGUGUUCGCUCCAACAAAUAAACAAGUAUUUGUUUAUUUCGGCUGUGCUUUUAUAAAUAUGUUCGACCCUAAACACCAAAUUAUCCGGCCAUUAAGACUGCAAGAAUCUUGAAACCCAUUCUUCCUUUUUUUUUUUUGUCACUUUUGAAACCCAUCUUUAAAUCUCUCCUCUCAACCAAAAAUGAUUUCAGUGUUGGAGUUCUUCAGCAAUUCGGGGUACACAUUUGUAGAGUGUACUGUUAGGAGAGACGAUACUAUAUGCCAUACAUGCAACAAACAAGCUCAAGGCUCUCAUAUAUAUUUCUGUACCAGACACAAUGAUCUUCAAAGUUUCUACCUGCACAUUACUUGUUCAGAAUUACCCAUAUCAGUUUAUCUACAUGACCAUUUAUUAAGUUUACAAGAAGAUUUUAUUUUUGCAGAGGAUGCUGCUUGUAUUAUGUGCAAAAAACGAGUCGUAGGCUCUGCUACAUAUACCUGUGGUAGUUGUAAUGACGAUGUUGAUUGUCAAAAUUUCUACUUGCAUAAGCCUUGUGGAGAAUUUCCGCAGCAAAUAAACCACCAUAAACACACCAUUCAUCCUCUUUCUCUCCUUCCACGCCCUGAUCGUUUCACCUGUGAUAUUUGUUAUCGUGAAAUAAAGGUCUCUUAUGCAUGUGUUGAUUGUAACUUUGAUGCGUGUGUGUUUUGUGGUUUGGAACAGAGGCUGCUUCAUCACGAAGGACACAAGGAGCACGCGCUGACGUUAAUGAACAAGGAAGCCUUUUUUGAAUGUGAAGCCUGUCAUGAGAAAGCUAACGACUCUUCAUAUGUUUGCACCACCUGUGAGUUCUGGAUUCACAAGACCUGCGCCUUUUCCCCCGCCAUUAUUCAAUCGCCUACUUAUCACCAUCACCCCCUCACUCUCGUCUACUCUGUUCCUGACAUUCAUCUCGUCUUUAGCCAAUACUGUGGUAUCUGCCGCCGAUUUGUUUACCGCAGGAGCUGGAUGUAUUAUUGCCACAAGUGCACAUAUUUUGUGCACAUGAAAUGUUCAACAUCCACAAUGUCUAUUGUUGAGAAUGAAGCAGAUGACAUGGAUAAUGAACCUGACCUGGUACUAUUUCCUCUGCCUAGCCGGGAAUCAAUAUUUGAUCUCAUUGUGACUCAGUGUUGCAAGUCCCAAGUCAACUUUCAAGGUGAAAUCAGUGUUGCCAUGUCACUAACAUCUAUUGAUCCACACAGUAUUGAAAAGCACUGGAGUCACCAGAUCCAUCCAUUACAACAGCUCCAGUUUACUAUCUGUGACAACGACAGCGAUGACAGUGAUGGUGAUAGGAGAGAGCUGAUAUGCAACGGGUGUAUUCAACCUAUAACUGUUUCUCAUCCCUCUUACUACGCUUGUAUCCAGUGUGGUUUCUUUCUCCAUUCCUUCUGUGCAACGAAGUUACCACAGAGGUUGCCUGUAGGAGCAUUGCAUUUUCACCCCCAACAUUCUCUCUUGCUUCAGAUGAAGGAUAAAUUUUAUGAUAUUGUGGUUUGUGGAGUUUGCGACUAUUCAACAAAUGGAUUCUACUAUCACUGUCAGGAUUGUGAUAUCUAUGUUGAUAUCCGUUGUGCAUUCUUACCAACAAGAAUAAAACACGAAUCUCACAAGCAUCACUCCCUUGUUCAGCGGCCAGCCUCGAAUUCUACUUGCAGCAUAACCAGGUAUCGAAAUGAGGUCGGGGUGGAAUAUGGAUGUGAAAGCUGCAGUAGUUUCCUAAUUGAUAUGCGCUGUAUAAUAAUACCAAGUAGGACGAAACACAAAUAUGAUGCUCACCCCUUAACCUUGAGAAAUCCACCAUUCUUCUACGAGGGAGCAUUCUACUGUGAAAGCUGUGAAGAACGAGUUAGCAACCAAGAUUUGCUCUUCCAUUGCAGUGAAUCUGAACAUUCUUAUCACUAUGCUUGUGGGUUUUGGCUCAACACUGUCAAGUUAGGAGGGACAAUUAAAGUUUUUAUUGCAGAUAAACCACACACACUUGCAUUAGUUUUCAAGAGUCCUACAAUAAAGAGGCCCAUACACACUUGUUCACGGUGCUUCACUUUUUUCCAUUCCUACUGUUUUCUUCUGGAAUGCGAUGGUUGUGGACUUCUUUCAUGUUUGGAGUGUCCACUCUCGGGCAAGUUGCAACAGAUUACACUCAUAUAAACUUUUGUCGUUCUUUUAGAAUGUGCAUUUUUCUGUUCACUUGCUUUAUUUCUUUUGCUUUGCACCCCUGUCACUAUGCAUGUCUUUGUAAUUUAUUUUUGAAGCAAUGCUUGUCUUUGUACUUGAA